CCUGAAGUCAAGUCUCUCCAUCAACAUUUCUCCCUUCUCUUCAAGGAUCUCUCCAUAUUUCCUCUGCAAAAUGAAGUUUCCACACCUCCUCCUCGUGACCCUUCUGGCUGGAGUUCUGCUGGGAGCCUAUGGACAGGAUACUUCUGCAACAGAUCCAGAGGCAUCUGAGCAGUCCCCAUCAGAGCCAAAUGACCCAGAGGCAUCUGAGCAGUCCCCAUCAGAGCCAAAUGACCCAGAGGCAUCUGAGCAGUCCCCAUCAGAGCCAAAUGACCCAGAGGCAUCUGAGCAGUCCCCAUCAGAGCCAAAUGACCCAGAGGCACCUGAGCAGUCCCCAUCACAGCCAAAUGACCCAGAGGCAUCUGAGCAGUCCCCAUCAGAGCCAAAUGACCCAGAGGCACCUGAGCAGUCCCCAUCAGAUCCAGCUGCCUCAGCAACCCCACCACCAUCUACCAAUAAAAACACAGGAGUAUUAGAAGGAGUAUUAACAAAACUUAAAGAAGGCGUGGAAAAAUUUAAAAAUAAACUACGCGAUCGCUUUCAGAAAUGAGAGGCAGGAAGUUGCUACCUUCUCCGAAUCAUUCCUUAAAAGGAUUCCUUAAAGGAAAUCAUUAUAGUCGCAUAGAUUUAACCUAUUAAACCAGAGCAUCAAA